AUGGAUAUAGAUGUUAGUAAGGAAAAUAUCCAACCUCUAAGAGGUGGCAGAAACCUUAUGCAGCUAGGCACUGCUUUGCAAGCUCAGUCAGACAGUGAUGUUCAAAGACAACUACUAUUGCAAAAAGACGAGCAUGAAGAAGCUAUAAGACAGUACCAAGGCUCUGAUCCUUUGGAGCCAUGGUUUAAUUAUAUUCAAUGGGUGGAACAAUCCUUUCCUAAGCAUGGUCACGAAGGUAAUAUUGAUAAGCUUAUCAAAGACUGCCUACAGCUGUUUGAGAAAGACGAGAGGUACUUCCAAGAUAGGAGGCUUGUUAAAUUAUGGAUCAAAUAUGUGGACUGUCUUUCCAAUCCUCUUGAGAUAUAUCAAAGGUUAUAUAAUACUGGCAUAGGUGUUGAGUGUUCAGAAUUUUAUCGAGCUUGGGCCUGCUAUUGCGAGGAGUCUGGAGAUUAUAAGAAAGCAAACCAAGUUUACAUGUUAGGUCUGCAAGCUAAGGCUCAGCCGUUGGAUGAAUUGGAACAGGCUCAUAUGAACUUCCAGUUGUUUUUCGCUCAGCGUAUGUUACAUGAUGAUUCGCCGACGAAACGUAAAGCAGCUUCAGCACUUGCCGAAACUAGAAUGGCUUUAACAUCACUCAAAUCAUUCAAGCGAAGAAACAUUGCAAAUGUCCCAGUACAAAGAGUGGGUGACAGUGUUAAGAGCACUCUACCAGGGGUUGUAAGACAACAACCCAUUGAUAACAGAUUACCCAACUCUAAUGUCAUGGUUAAUGUGUAUGAGGAUGGUCCAUCAACAUCGAGAGGGGUCGUGACAGCUGAAGAUCCCGGCCCAGCAUCGCUGGUCCAGGCUUGCAAUGUGGAGAAUGAAAAGGAGGUUGGAAUAUGGACUAACCCUAAAACAAAGAUGGUCCACACUAACGUCGUACCGCACCAACCUUUGCCUUUUACUCCAUAUGAAGAUAUGGAUGAUGAUUUAAAACUUUCUUCCAAGCAUAUGCCUUAUUGCUUAGAUGACUUAACAUUUAAUGUGCCACUAUGUGUACCUGACCCAGCCGAUCCAACGAAAAUACCCUGUUAUAAUAAAGCCCAGGUAUAUUUUAACGAUAAAGAAUACAGUUUAGAAGAAAUAAGAGCUAGAAAAUAUAAUGUACAAAAAGCCGUUAAAACAGAAAAUGUGCAAGUACAAGAGACAUAUAAGAAUAUAAACGAAACUUUAGCACAGUGCAGUGCGUUAGAAACUUUAGCCAAUUGUGCUUUGGACUCUGAACAAGAUCAUAUGGGACAAUUAAUGCCAUUAACAAUGCCAACACUACAAAAUGUCACCAAAGUAACAAAUAUGCAUUCACCGGGAGAGCCGAAAGUAUUGUGUAAUUUAGACUCGAAAGAAGUUAGCGAGCUUGCCGCUAAGAAAAACGACGAAAACGAUAUCCCAUCGAAUUCAUUAAGCGACAAGGAAAAUCAAGUUGCUAAUCACUUUAACAACGAAAACGCUGGUAAUUUUGGUAAAAAUAAUUUAAUGGAAGAAUUCAAUAGAAGCUUAAUGGGGAACCUAUUGGGCGAUUCAGUGACUGUUAACACUAAAGAAGCUCGCUGGGAGUUACGUAACAUAUUUAAUGACAAUGCAGAGCCAUCUAUAGUUCAGCCUGUUAUUCAACAAUUUGACGUUCCAAAAUUUGAUAUACACGAAGACAGAUCUAUGACUAUGGCGAUUAAUUCGAAGAAAAAUUUUGAAAUUCAGGAUGCAAGAAAUAUGCCAGAGGAUAAAGAAAACGCUAACAAAUUUAACGCUAUUCAGCCAAAUGUUACCUCGCAAGCACCAAACGUAAAUAAGACUACGUUCUGUGAAGAACCAUCUUGCACCCAGGUGUUUAAUUUCAACAUUAAAGUCGCUAGUACUCCAAACAUGUCCCAAUUUAAGAAACCAUCAAAUAUUGAUCAGUCCAGUAAAUUCGCUGUACCGAAAUUUAGCAUUGACGAAAGUGUCAUAGAACAACCUGAUCAAAUUAGCACUAAGAGAGACGAUUGUUCUAGACAAACAAACGACCAGCACGCAACUGUUGACAAUCAAGGUGGUGGAUUAUCUGUUAUUAUGGAAGCGACAAGGGAAUACAAUAGCAAAUCUGGUUCUAGUUCAUCGGGACAGUCAACAAGGACCAAUUUUACUGGUUACACUACCAACUUUGAUUCAGUUUACAAUAACCAUAAUGAUCCCAAUCAUCAGGGUACAACAUCAAAAAGGAAUUCACUAUCAGCUCAAGCUAGAUUGCCGAAUGGUCAAUUCGCUCGAGCAUAUCCACAAAAAAGAGAAGCGGAAAAUAAAAUGGCGGUGACACCGUCCACCUCAGUGCCUUAUCAUUCUCACGAUCACCAAUAUCAAAAGCCUAUGCCGCCAAACUUCAGUGGUUAUUCGCCACAACGCUCGAUACAUUAUCAGCAGAACUAUAACUAUCAGCAAAACUUUCCAAACAAUCAUAUGAUGAAUCAACAGCAACAAGGUUACGGAAGCCCUAACCCGAGUUCCUAUCAAAGUCCUCAGCAUCCGAGCAUGCAAAAUUCCCACGAAAUGAAUCAAGUACCAACUGGAUUCCAAAGUCCAACUUAUUCCAAUCAAAUGGCGUACCACCAGUCGCCGGUGAAUAAUCCUGGGAAUGUAAUGAUGAGUCCCCAACAAGGUUUCACAGGUCGACAGGAGUUCCACUACAGUAAUCAAACAGACCGUCAUGUUUACGUAAACCAACAACACCAAGUCUUCCAAAGUCCCCCACAUCAGACCCAGUUUCAAAACUCUGUUUAUUACCAAAGAUCAAGUCAGCAACAGACACAGAGUUCGUACAGUCAACAAAACUAUCACCAUAUCCAAAGUCAAUAUAAUAAUCCAAACAUGUAUUCUAGUAGUGGUCAAAAUUCUAAUAAUCCGAAUUUCAAUACAGUACAAAGUCCAUACAGGCAAGUGGCGAAACAAAUUGAGAACCAGGCUUCUUAUGGAAUGUCAAACAAUCAACAAUUCCAAAUAUAUCAAAGCCCUCAAGCUUCUCAGAACAGUAAUAUACGAAAUACAUCAAUGCAUGACGCAAAUAUGGCUCAAGGAGCUUAUACAGAAACACAGGGACGACAAGAAAUGGUCGAUUCGUCGGGGAAACACGAACGAGAUGUUGAAAACUCAACUCUAACUAAUAACCCGCAGUCCAAAAAUUCAUCUUCACAUAAAAGUCCAAACAAUUCAGUAUUAAGAAACGUAAGAUACGAUCAGCCUAACGUUAAAAUCGGUCAGAAAUCACCAGAGGUAGGAUUUUCUAAUCAAUUCUUGAACUUCAUAUCUAAUAGAAACGAACCCAAGGACAAUGCAAAUACACCGAAAUUCACUAAUAGCCCUAGUAUAUCUCAGAAAAUGCAUAAAAACUUAUACGUGUCGAGUCCAGAACAGGCUCAAAUUCCUCCUUCAUCAGGGCUUUCGGACACUGACAGCAAAGAUGGUAUGACUGCCCAAACAGCUACACCGAUUCAAUCCGCCAAAAUUCUUACUAUCGAUAAACAAAAGGACAUUUCAAAGAGGCAGUUAGAUUUCGAGCAUAGAGAGAGAGUUGAGAUUCAAUCGGAAGACAGCAGGGACUCGGUCAGUAAGGACAGUAGAAUCUCUUCAGUGUAUUCACGACAAUCCGAUUUCCAAUCAGACGGCUACGGUAUGGAUAUUGACAGUGAAAAUUCUAUGGAAUGUGGUGCCUUCAAAUCAUCGCAUUCGAUCUCCAUGAUUGAAACCAGUGAUAUUCCACGACCCGCUGAUAUAGACUUCCCGAAAGUCAUCGAUCCAUUCAACAAGAAGAUGUUAACAUCGUUAUUAGAAUAUGUUAAAUUCCCCAACAAGACGCACGCCGAGGGUUACAACGAGGUCAGAUCUAUACCUAAAUUGCAAACAGCAACGGUCGUAUCCGUCGGCAAUAAUAAAUACUCCAUAGAAAAACAACUGGGCAAAGGAAACUAUGGGGCUGUGUUCCUGUGUCUAGAUUACCACAGCAAUAAGUCGGUUGCUGUUAAAUAUCAGAAACCAAGUCGUCCAUGGGAAUUCUACAUUUGUCAGGAAAUAAAGGCUAGGAUAAAAGAUCCCUUUAUGCUACCUGGUUACAUGGAAAUAUCAACAGCAUUCCUCGGUGAAAACGCCAGUUUGUUCGUAUCUGAAUACUCACGUUAUGGGUCAUUGUUAGAUGUAGCCAACAAAGUUAGGAUUGCUACAUCAAAGUGCAUCAAUGAACUCAUAGUUAUUUUGUUAACAUCAGAAAUGCUGUCUAUAGUACAUUAUCUACAUAAGGCGCAGAUAAUUCACGCCGAUAUUAAACCUGACAACUUCUUAUUAAUGAAGAUUCCAACUCAAGAAUGGAGGACUCCUUCCUUACAAUUGAUUGAUUUAGGAUGUGCUAUAGAUAUGUCACUGUUCCCCGAAGGAACUACAUUCAGAGAAUUAAUUGCUACCGAAGGAUUUACUUGCACUGAAAUGAGGGAAGGGAAGCCCUGGACCUAUCAGACUGAUUUGUAUUGUCUCGCUGGCACCAUACACGUUAUUUUGAUGGGUAGCUACAUGAAAGUAGCUAAUCGAUUAGGACAAUGGAAUAUAGAUAAGAAAUUGCCAAGGUAUAUGAAGAAUAGCCUUUGGGAUAAAAUAUUUACGACUCUAUUGAAUGUGCCUGAUUGUAACAAUAUACCGGACCUUAUGGAACUGAAGAAUGAUGUUGACAAUGUACUAAAUCAAAUUGACUGUCUGAGUUCACAGCUCCGUAACUUUGCUAAUGUGCUUAAAUCUAGGUAA